GAUGAACCGCCUUAAUUCGAAUGUGUUUCGUCGGAUAAUUAUCCUCGCACAGAUUAACCGCGCUUUUAAGCACUUUUUGGAAUCAUUUUCUGAUCAUAUGCCACCGAACUGAUAUGAAAAGACAAAAUGUGCGUACUUUAUCCCUACUUGUGGUGACUUUUACUUACUUGCUUUUGGGAGCUGCUAUUUUUGACGCUUUUGAAUCUACUUUUGAAAUCGAUGAGGAGUCACGCUUGAGCAUACUGGCAAAAGAGUUACGCUUAAAGUAUAAUAUGUCCAAAAAUGAUUUUGAUCACAUAACGCAACUGGGAAUACAGAUGAAGCCGUACAAAGCCGGCACACAAUGGAAAUUCGCUGGUGCAUUUUAUUUUUCUACCACAGUCAUAACCACGAUUGGUUACGGCCACAGCACUCCAAAAACUACGUGGGGGAAAAUCUUCUGUAUGUGUUACGCCGUUCCCGGUAUCCCCCUUUGUCUUGUCAUGUUUCAAAGUAUCGGCGAACGUAUGAACACGAUUAUCACAUGGAUGCUAAAACGCAUGAAAAGGUUUUUCUCGUGCAAAUGCCAUUCGGUUUCUCAAACGAAUCUUAUGGUUGUCAGUUUCACCACUGGUUCAACCGUGCUUACAAUUGGAGCUGCAGUAUUUUCACGCUAUGAAGACUGGACCUAUCUGGAUGCCUUUUAUUACUGCUUCAUCACACUGACAACAAUUGGGUUCGGAGAUUUCGUCGCAUUGCAACGAAACGAUUCACUUGCCAAGAGGCCGGAUUAUGUUGUGUUCAGCUUGAUAUUUAUCCUGUUUGGACUUACUGUUGUUAGUUCUGUCAUGAACCUAUUAGUACUUCGGUUUUUAACGAUGAACACGGAGGAUGAGCGGCGCGAUCAACUAGAGGCUGCUGCUCAGGCACAAGAACUUCAGCGGCUCCGUGGUGAUGUCAUCUGGGUGGAUCAACAACCGGUGAGCAUUUCCGAUGGAGAUCACUACGUUGAGAAGGCAGCAACGCAGGCUCCUGUAUAUUACACGGAAACCGAUUGGUGCAAGAGUAGGUCACAAGUAUCACAUAACAUGCAGCGAUUAAUUUCUGGUAUUUCUACUCUGUUUUCCAAUUCCCUUGAAGCCCCUUAUUUUGAUGUAUACAAAGCUACAAAUUCGCUAGCUGAAAUCCCUGUGCAUGGACGGAGAAGUCUGUCUGAGCUGAAAACCAAACACGCACGUCAGUACAAAUGCCAGUGUACACAAAUCCAAGCGUGCGAGCAUCCCGACGAAUUGGCCAGGUCGCUCAGCCUACCCGAAGGUACUCCUUUCGACGAGCAAGGUGGUGCUGAUUAUCAUAGGCAUACACCAGGGUCUUAUAUUCACCUCCCUCAAUGCAUUCAAGUAAACGAAAUGCAAGAAAAAUGGUCAAAUGUUCAAAGCCUGAUGUGGCAGAAGUAUCCAGACGGGCAUUACGGCAAUCAUGAUGAUUUUAGCAACCCUACCUGUUUUCCUGAUACACAUGGAUUAGAGGAAAACAAAAGCAACGUUGCUCCUGAUUGCUUUAAUUCUGAGUUAGAGCAACCUCCUCAAAGGGCUGUACUAACCAACAAUGACAUACGCAAGAGCGUAUAUAUUCAUCGAAAUGAGGAUAGCGAUUCUACUAACCGCUACUUUUUGUACGACAGAACAACUCCAGGUAUCUCUCGACAUUCGUGCGAUGACUUAUCCACCAUUGUUCCAAACUCUGUGUUUAAACCAUUCGCCAUUCGUGUUGACAAACGCUUCAGAUCGCCUUUUGAUGAAAAGGUGAUUGAGAGUGGGGGAACGAAUGUUAAUUCAAACCGCGCAGGAACAUCUGAAGUUUCGAGCGAGCGAAGAGAAGCAAAUAAGGAUCAACUUGCUCACUCAACUUAUCGAGGAUCCACAACAACUAAGUUAUCGAAAGUAACAGAUAGUUUGAGCAGUUCCACUAGUGAAGAUAGACUGCAUUCAUCAGGAGUGGAGUUCCCACCAGAGCUAAGAAUUUAUAAACGUGUUUCUCUUUGAAAACUGCC